UUAGGUUUAGCUGUCAGUUGUGUUUGUUUACAACAAAAUAUCCUUUUCUUUUUAGUCGAAAAAGCCUUUUAAAUUUAAAAACUUUUAUAAAUUUGAAGAACUAAAUUACCAAGAAAUUUUAAUUUGAUUAAAUUUUUUAUUUUGUUGUUUUUAACCUAACCAAGUAACUCAAAGGUUAACUACACUAGAAGGUUCUCUUAUUUAGUGGUAUUAUACCCCCAUAAUUUUCGUUUGCCACUAGCCACGAAAGUGUUACACUAUAAAAUAAUGGGGCAGACCUACUGUUCUUACUUGGCCCAAUUGGCUAAACGUGUACUGGGACUGGGACCAUGAGUAUGAAUUGGAGGUGAUAAGCUGAUAAGAAAGUUAUGGCGUUGCACUGGCACAUUGUAAGGUAAAAGAUAAGACGCAAACAUAGUUGUUCUUGUUCUAAGUAUAUUGUAAACUUACAACUGAAAUUUGUUGAAUAAAAUUAAAUUUAAUAUGGAAAUGAAGCAAGAGGCUAGCCAGACAACUUGUAAAAUAGAAACAGAUUCUGAGGGGUCUGAUGGUCCUUUGGAUGCCUUCAAAAUUGAUAUUAAAGAAGAACCUAAGAGAGAAAGUAUAUAUCAAGCAUAUGAUUGUUUAGAGUCAAAUGUGUCAUCCGUAAAUACUAAAGUAGAACAAGAUGAAUAUAAAUUUACACCAUUUGAAGAAAAACACACAACAAAUGAAGAAGGUUAUCCCCAAGAGGAAAACAAAAUGGAAAUUAAUGAGACAAUUGAACAUGCAUCUUCUGAAGGAAAUUAUAUCAGUCGACAGGCCGAAGGAAAAACAUUAAAUAAAAAUAUGGAAACAGUGACUGGACAAAAACCUUACACGUGCGAAAUUUGUUUUAAACAGUUUAGUCGGGGCAGUCAUUUAAAAAUGCAUUUGAGAGUGCACACUGGCGAAGAACCUUACAAGUGCGAAACUUGUUUAAAACAGUUUAGGACUGCAAGUAAUUUGAAAGAACACUUGAGAGUGCAUACUGGAGAAAAAACCACAAAAUUUGUAAAGUGUGAAAUUUGUUUUAAGCAGUUUAGUCGGGACAGUCAUUUAAAAAUACAUUUGAGAGUGCACACUGGGGAAAAACCUUACAAGUGCGAAACUUGUUUAAAACAGUUUAGGACUGCAAGUAAUUUGAAAGAACACUUGAGAGUGCAUACUGGAGAAAAAACCACAAAAUUUGUAAAGUGUGAAAUUUGUUUUAAGCAGUUUAGUGUGAAAAAUUUUAAAACACACAUGAGAUUUCACACUGGAGAAAAGCCAUACAUGUGUGAAAUUUGUUUAAAACAUUUUGUUAUGAAAGCUCAUUUGAAAAGACAUUUACAAACACACACUGGAGAAAAACCUCACAAGUGUGAAAUUUGUUUUAAGCAGUUUAGUGAAGCGGGUCAUUUGAAAGGACAUUAUAGAGUGCACACUGGAGAAAAACCGUACAAUUGUGAAAUUUGUUUUAAACGGUUUAGUCAGGGAUAUAAUUUGAAAAAACAUUUGAGAGAACACACUAGAGAAGCAGGUACUUCGUAUCCAGUGCACACAGGCGAAAAACCAUAUAAGUGUGAAAUUUGUUUUAAGCAAUUUACUGAAGCGAGCUCUUUGACAAGACAUUUGAGAGGGCACACAGAAGAAAAACCUCACAAGUGCGAGAUUUGUUUUAAGCGGUUUAUUGCUUCAAGUAUGUUGAUAAAACAUUUGAGAGUGCACACUGGGGAAAAACCUUAUAAGUGUGAAAUUUGUUUUAAGCAGUUUAGCCAGGCCAGUAAUUUAAAAAUACAUUUGAGAGUGCACACUGGGGAAAAACCUAACAAGUGUGAAAUUUGUUUUAAGCAGUUUGUUAGUACAAGUUAUUUGAAACUACACUUAAGGACGCACACUGGGGAAAAACCUUACAAGUGUGAAAUUUGUUUAAAGCAGUUUAGUCUAGCCAAUAGUUUAAAAAAACAUUUAAGAGCGCACACUGGAGAAACACCUUACAAGUGUGAAAUUUGUUUAAAGCCGUUUAGUACAGCCAGUAGUUUGAAAACACAUUUGAGAGUGCAUACUGGAGAAAAAACCACAAAAUUUGUAAAGUGUGAAAUUUGUUUUAAGCAGUUUAGUCAUUUAAAAAUACAUUUGAGAGUGCACACUGGGGAAAAACCUUAUAAGUGUGAAAUUUGUUUUAAGCAAUUUAGUGUGGCAGGUAGUUUGAAAAAACAUUUAAGAGUGCACACUGGAGAAACACCUUAUAAGUGUGAGAUUUGUUUUAAGCAGUUUAACACUGCAAGUAGUUUGAAAAUACAUUUGAGAGUGCACACUGGGGAAAAACCUUAUAAGUGUGAAAUUUGUUUUAAGCAAUUUAGUGUGGCAGGUAGUUUGAAAAAACAUUUAAGAGUGCACACUGGAGAAACACCUUAUAAGUGUGAAAUUUGUUUUAAGCAGUUUAUUGCUUCAAGUAAGUUGAAAAACCAUCUGAGAAUUCACACUGGAGAAAAACCUUACAAGUGCCAAAUUUGUUUUAAGCAGUUUGCCACUACAGGUCAGUUGAAAAUACACUUGAGAACGCACACUGGAGAAAAACCUCACAAGUGUGAAAUUUGUUUUAAGCAAUUUAGUAAAACAACUAAUUUAAAAAUACAUUUGAGAGUGCACACUGGCGAAGAACCUUACAAGUGCGAAACUUGUUUAAAACAGUUUCGUACUGCAAGUAAUUUGAAAGAACAUUUGAGAGUGCAUACUGGAGAAAAAACCACCAAAUUUGCAACGUGUGAAAUUUGUUUUAAGCUGUUUAGUGUGAAAAAUUUGAAAACACAUAUGAGAUUUCACACUGGAGAAAAACCAUAUAUGUGUGAAAUUUGUUUAAAACAUUUCUUUAUGAAAGCUCAUUUGAAAAGACAUUUACAAACACACACUGGAGAAAAACCUCACAAGUGUGAAAUUUGUUUUAAAGAGUUUGGUGAAGCUGGUCAUUUGAAACGACAUUUGAGAAUGCACACUGGAGAAAAACCGUAUAAGUGUGAAAUUUGUUUUAAACAGUUUAGUCAGGGAUUUAAUUUGAAAAAACAUUUGAGAAUGCACACUAGAGAAGCAAGUACUUAGUCUCUAGUGCACACAGCAGAAAAACCCUACAAGUGCGAAAUUUGUUUUAAGCGGUUUUUUGCUUUAAGUGUGUUGAAAAAACACUUAACAAUACACACUGGAGAAAAACCUUAUAGGUGUGAAAUUUGUUUUAAGCAGUUUAACCAGGACGGUAAUUUAAAAAUGCAUUUAACACAGCACACUCAGGAAAAACCUUACAAGUGUGAAAUUUGUUUUAAGCAGUUUGCUACUAAAAGUUAUUUGAAAACACACUUAAGAACGCAUCAGUGAUGUGGGAGAGAGGGGUUAUGACCUACGAUGAAGUGGAUGGGAUCGCUUCCGUCAUAUUGGAUUUAGCAUUGACAGUAGUCGAGUAUUGAUUUUCUGUACCCAGAUUGGCUCAAAUCCAUCUUUGUAAUACCUAAAAAACACAAUGCGAGAAAAUGCUCAGAAUAUCUAUUAAUUAGCCUAAUGAGCCACACUCUUAAGAUUUUCCUAAGACUACUUCACAACAGAAUUAGACGCAAAUGCGAAGAUCUCGAGGAUACCCAACUUGGUUUUAGAAAUGCUAUGGGAACCAGGGAGACACUUUUUGCGCUUAACAUCCUUUACAAAAAUGCCGUGACCAAAGAAAAGAUGUAUUUGCAUGUUUCGUGAACUUCGAAAAGGCAUGCGAUAAAGUCCAGCAUGUAAAAUUAAUGCAAAUACUGAAAACUAUCGGAAUAGAUGACAAGGAUAUUCGUGUCAUUAAAAAUUUGUACUGGAAUCAAACUGCUAUCGUAAAAAUUGGAGUUAUCUACACCUAUGAAAUCUCCAUACAACGAGGAGUCAGACAAGGUUGCAUUUUGUUCAAUGUUUACUCGGACCAGUUAUUUAAAAAGACACUUGAUAGACAGCUAUAUGGAAUAAAAAAUCAACGGGGAACUACUUAAUGUGAUUAGAUGCGCAGACGAUACAGUAAUUCUGUCAGAUGAUAUUGAAGAUCUCCAAAUUUUGCUUGAUCGUAUUCACGAGGUAGGAGAGGAAAUGGGCAUUAAAAUAAACUCAAACAAAACCAAAUUUUUAGUGUUUUGUCGUGACCCACAUCCCGAUGCAAGCUUCAAUUAAACGGAGUCCAAGUUGAGGAAGUUCACAAAAUGACAUAUUUGGGAACUGUGAUAACGGACCAACUAGAUCCAAACAUAGAAAUAAAACGUAGAAUAGCAAUGACUAAAACUACUUUUAUGAAAAUGAAGUCAUUUCUUUGCAGUUAUCAUCUCAGUUUAGAACUAAGACAAAGAAUGGUUAAAUGCUAUGUUUGGUCCGUACUUUUGUAUAGUGCAGAAGUGUGGACGUUAAAAGUAUCGAGUAUCGAUCAUGAACAGAGUUGAAGCAUUGGAAAUGUAGAUUCAUAGACGGAUGCUGAAGAUACCUUGGACAGCAAGAAAAACUAAUGAAGUACUAAGGAGGGUCAACAAAGAUAGAGAACUGCUAAAAACUGUUAAACAUCGAAAAAUGUCUUAUCUGGGACAUAUAGUGAGGGAAAGUCGAUAUAAAAUAUUACAACUGAUCCUUAAAGGCAAAAUAGAGGGCCGUAGGGGUGUAGGAAGAAAACAAGUUUCUUGGUUAAAAAACAUUCGUGAAUGGACUCUGAUAUCAAAUGCAGGACAAUUAUUCCAUAUUGCAGAAGAUCGAGAAGCCUUUGCAGUGGUGAUCGCCAACGUCGGCACGUGAAGAAGAAAGAUACUCCGAUUGGAACUGUUGGCAGCCACUGUUGGUGCUAGACUUUAUCAGUCAGUCAAAAGACAAUUUUCUCAGCAUGUCGAGUCUUAUUUUUGGAGGGAUUCCACUACUGUUCUUUCUUAGAUCGAACGUAAGGAUGACUGGUCUGUUUUCGUUUUUAAUAGAGUUCAGGAGAUUAGAAAUUUAGCCAAUCCUGAGUGUUGGAAAUAUGUACCUGGUUUUCUCAAUCCUGCCGAUCUUCCAUCAAGAGGCUGUGAUUUUCGGCAAUUGUUCUGGGGAGAGGGCCCGGAAUGCUUGUACAGAAACAAAAUUGAUUGGCCCCAACAAAAAGUAGAGGUUGAUGAAGAAGAAGUCGGCACUGAGAAAAAGAAAAAAACCGUUUUGUCACUAUUGAAUAUGACGUCCGACGAUUGGCAUCUGCGUUACUUUUCUCAGUACACAAAACUUUUAAGAAUGAUGGCUUGGGCGCUACGAUUUUGUUACAAUACAAGAAAUUCAAAUGGAAAACGUACAGGCGAAUUGACCGCGGAGGAAAUCGACAAAGCCGAAAUGUUUGUGUUAAUACUAAUGCAGAACGAAGCGUUCGGUUCAGAUACGAAACGAGUUUCCUCGCUAAACACGUUUGUCGAUGAAAGUGAACAUUUUAUAAUACGCAAGUUGAUUUUGAGCUUACACAAAAACUCCUGUCAUGUUGGCACACAGGGACUGCUGAGUUUGCUCUUCGAAAAAUAUUGGAUUUUAGGUUCGAAAAAUAUUAGAUACUUUAGGUGGUAGACGGAUUGUGCGGUCCAUUUUAAAAGAAUGUGGUGUGUGCAAGAGACAAGAUGGGAAAUCGUUCGAAGUACAAACGCCAUCAUUGCAAAGGCUUUACCCAGUGGAAGUCGUGGCAGUUACUACUGGCGAGCAUAUCGAGGGUAUUACUACGGGAGGCGGCUCUAGAGACAGUGCUUCAAGAGAACGGUUGUCAGCUCCAGGCUAAGGAAGAAUCAAGUGAAAUAAGUGCGGGAGUGACAAAAAGCAGAGCACCCGAUUUAAAUGAGAGAUAUACGCGAAGUGGCCGGGUAGUUAAAACUCCUGUAAGAUUCAAGUGACAUUUUCUUGACUUAAUUUUUCAUGACUGUUUGUUUUUUAAUAUAUUACAUUUUGCUUUGUUUGAUAUUUUGUUGUAAUUUUUCGUGACUCUCUGUACUUUUUUGAGAAAUGUCAAAUUCCUCAAGGUGGGAGAAUAUCGAGUCAAUAAACCUAUUUCUACAUAUGGCAGUGUCCGUGUUUAAAAAAUAUGUCUGAUUUAUCAUAUACCUACGGCCGAGGGCCAUAUGUUGUUCGUCGCUCUGUGGUGACAAGAGGGAUGGUGGGCUAGCCCGCUUGAAAUUGAAACCUUUUAAGAUAAUAAUGUAGGGAACACAUUAGGUAUAAUUAAUUACAGUUUUAAGGAUUGUGUAGACAUUGUAUAUGAUUUUAAAGACAGUCGAUUUUGUAACGUCUAUCGGAUAACAUUGAAAUAAAAACUUUUGUUUUAAGCAA